UAUCUCGCUGCCCCUCGCCUCCGUUCGAUAGUCGUCAGCUGAGAGAGUGUCUGCAGCAGACAAGACAAUUCUUACUAAAUAAUACGCACGAAUAUAUUCUUAUGAAUUUUUCUACCCCCUACUGUCAUUAGGUCUCAACUGGAAAAUCUGGAAUUCGUUUUUGUAGUUUUCAAAAUAUCAGUGGCGCGUCGUUCCCACUUAACAACUCAAAGUGGUUCGGAAACCCAUCGGAGAAGAGGCUGACGAGCCAGCCGUUGUCCCGGCCAAGCGACAGAGAAUGACUGUCGACGAGCAACUUGACGAUGUUGGUCGUAAGGGUAAGAAGAUGUCUGUAGCACAAAGAUUGCAGAAUCAUGCGCAACUAUCCCCCAGAUCUCAAGAUGAUCCCGAAGAAACCGAGUCGGUGAUUCGAAAGGAAAUCGCGUUGGGAAAAUAUGAUAAAGCAACAAUUCGAAUUAUUGCACAAUUUUUGGAUAAUAUCGGCUUGACAAGCUCUGUUGAAACUCUCGUUGAAGAGACGGGCUUCACAAUUGAAACAACGUCGGGUGCCAGAGUCCGUGCGAACAUUCUCAAAGGAAACUACGACGCGGCGAUUCAAAUUCUCGAAACUUCAAAUGAUCACAUUACUGAGGAGACCGCAAAGCAUGGAUCAUAUAUUGUUAAAUGCUUCAAACUAGCUGACCUAGUUCGGAAAGGAAGGUACUUUGACGCUCUGUUCACAAUGCAGAAAAUGAUACGAGGCGUCAUACUUGAUCAUUCCGAGCAUUUUGAUUAUUUUGACACUUUUUUCAAAGACGUCCUGCUCGGAAAUUGCCGAUAUCAGAAUAUUGACCAAGUUGCCGAGAGGCAGUCCCAGUUGGCGUUUCUCGAGGAAAUUCUUCCAUCCGACUUUAUUUUGCCGCAAAAUCGAUUGAAGACUAUUUUGAAUAAAGUCCACGGCGCAGCUGCCGACGAAAAAGCGCCGAAGCUUCUACGCGACGAGCCUUCGAAUAGUGUAAAGACGAUCCCGUGGCGACAAACUCAGCUAUGGGAUCACCAUAAAUUCGAGAUUUUCUGCGUGAAAUUCUCGCGAAACGGAAAAAUGAUGGCGAGCGGUGGAAAGAGCAACUCGAUCACCCUCUGGAAGUGUGCAAAAUCGAAGCUCACUCGAAUCGGCGAAAUGGCGCCGAUCAACGAGGGAGAUAUUGCCUAUAUGGAGUUUUGUCAGCAGAAUAAGUAUCUUCUGAUUUGUGGAGGCCAAAUGGCGAGAUAUAAUCUGACAAUAUUCGACAUCGCGACACGGUCCGUAUUCCGAAUGUUACGCGUCAACAACACCCACGAUGACAUCAUCGACAUCGGCUCAUUCUUCUCGUGUGGCUCAUUCCUCACAGACACCUAUAAUCGCACAAGAGUCGUCGCCGGAAACGAGUUUGGCGCGAUGAAGGUGUUCGAUUUGUCGCGUGGCGAACACGAGCCAGCGAUCCGUCAGCAAGCCGGAUUCCGGAUUCGAUGCCUACACGGCAUGAGAAGCGGCGAUUCGUUCAUCGCAGUGGACACUCACAAUCGAGUUCGACUCUUCUCAUUUGCGAACAAUACGACCGAAAAUCUGGAGGGAACCACUAUUUGCAAGGAAGAGGUGACGAUCAUCCAUAUGACUGUGCAUCCAUCCGAGAGACUUGUCCUAACAACUACGGAGCUCAACCUCAGGCUUUGGGAUAUUCGAACGCAUAAUUUGAUUCGAAUCUUCUCGGGAGCCUGUCAGCGGGAGGAGUUCUCGCGUUAUCAAAUUCAUUCAUCGUUUGGAGGAGUUCAUCAGAAUUUCAUUGCUACAGGCUCGAUUGGAAAAGAAACCGACGAAUCGCUACGCGAAAACGACAAAACCAAGCGAAAACACGGCCGCGUCGUCAUCUGGAGUGUUCAGGACAGUCGUCCCCGCUACUCGCUCGUCGGCCAUCGAGGCCACGUGAACGCUGUCGCCUGGAACCCGGCGGAUCCGACAAUGCUGGUGAGCUGCGGUGCCGACGCGACGAUCCGCGUCUGGUCGUUGGAUCGAUCCGAGACCGCUGACUACUCGGAAAUUGUGCCACGGCGGAUUCCGAGACACUUGAAGCAACAGAAGAAGUCGUCGUCGUCCAUGGUACAAUGCGACAUGAUGGAACCGUCGACGAGCAAGAACGGCGGCGGCACAUAUGAGCUGUGUACGAAUAUGAAGGAGAUGCUGAGCACGAAAUCGGAAUUCGAGUCGGACUUGAAGCAGGAGCAGGAGUGGUUGAAUCAGGCCGCACGGCCCGAUUGGAUUCUUGAUAAUAAUGACUAAGCCAUGGGAGCACAAAAUUCUGAGAAUUCUGCGUGUUGUGCAGCAUAUUUGACGCCGCGCAAAAUAUCACGUAGCGAAAACCACAGUAAUCCUUUAAAGGUGAGGUACCGAAAUCUGGGAAAUAUUUUUAAACGAUUCCAAAUUUACCCCUGAUUCCGAAUAUCGAUGUGAAAAAAUCAACAAAAAAAAUCCCUGAUUUUAUAUUUAAGCUUGAAAUCACGAAUUUCAUUUGUGCCCCGUUCCCUUUUUCAAAUACGUGCUCAAACAAAUUAGCAUUAGAGCGCGCUUGCAUCGCUUGAUUUUCUUCGUUUAUUAUAUUUAUUUUCGCCGAAUUCAAUUUUUUUAAACCAGUUUCAUUCAUUUUUGUCGAGUUUUUAUCGAUUUUUUUCGACAAAAAUGAAUGAAACUGGUUUAAAAAAAUUGAAUUCGGCGAAAAUAAAUAUAAUAAACGAAGAAAAUCAAACGAUGCAAGCGCGCUCCAAUGCGAAUUUAUUUGGGCGCGUAUUUGAAAAAAGUGAUGCGAGACAUAAAUGAAAUCCGUGAUUUCAAGCUUAAAUAUAAAAUCAGGGAAAUUUUUUUGAUUUUUUUCACAUCGAUAUUCGGAAUCAGGGGAAAAUUUGGAAUAGAUUAAAAAUGAUUCCCAGAUUUCGAUGCCCCACCUUUAAAGGAUUACGGUAGUUUUCGCUUCGAGAUAUUUUGCGCGUCAAAUAUGGUGUGCAAUACGUAGAAUUCCCAGAAUUUUGUGUACUGUAAACUGUGAAUAAUUAUUAACAUUGUAAAUCUCAUAAAAAUCGUUUUAAAAAGUAAAAUUCGAAAUUCAUAGAAAUU